AUGAUUCCUGGAGCUCCUGGUCCUGGAAUGCAAGUGCCGGACAGGACAACCACUGGUGGUACGGCAACAACAGCAGCUGGUGGAGCGGGGGCUGGGAAAAGGGACAAUGCAGGUGGCCAGGAGCAGCAGGAGGAGCCAUCGGCAGAAGCGGAUUCAAAGCAGGAUGAGGCCAAGCAGGCAAAGAAGAGACAAGCCUACUUGCAGGCACAUGCGAAACAUAGGCCCACGGUCGCCGAACCAGAUCGUUUCGGUGGGCGAGAAUGCCAAGUCGGCUGGGGAGGGCAGCCCAAGCCUCAGACGAGAUCCCACAGUGUACUGAUGAUCACUUAUAUUAAAUUAAUGUUGGGCUUUGCUGUUCCAGGACUCACCUGUCUGCACUAUCUCUUCGAGUCCUGGUGCAAUGCCGAGGGCGAUUGGCGAAAGUCCUGUGUCUACGUAAACGUGUGCUCGAAGAACACCAAAACUCGGAAGGGAGUCAAAAAGUGGCUUACUUUCCAAGAGUUGGUCAGCAAGCUUGGAGAGACAGUGGCCGAAGCCAUAGUGGAGCACAAGCGGUCCGUGAAAGACUCUGCCGAAGUCAGGGAUCAUCCCGAUUGUCCGGGGGAGGCCCAGCAAUUCUGGGUCCUUGACUCCGAGGCGGAGGAGGAUAUCCAAGAGGCGAAGGGCAAAGCAGCCGCGACGCGGAAGCCGAAGGCCUUGGAGGGCCCGCCGGAUGUCAUGAAAGAUGCCGAGAAGGCUGUUCAAACGGCGAACAAUCGCAUCCAGUAUGUGGGAAAGCUCACUAUGAAGUCGCCGGAGCUGGCCGACAUGUCCGAUGUGCUCCGCAAAGCCUACCUGGACGACUUGCAGAUCAAAAGCAAGGAGGUGUGCAAGAUGCGAAACCGCCUGCAGAGCUUCAUCGACGCUGGCAAGGUGAAGGAGAUCCCCGACCAACAGGCUGUGGUGCUCGGCUUGAUUGACGCCAUCGACCGCUUCCUGCUGAUGGGCGACAAAGCCCUCGCAUUCGUGCUCAGCUGUCCGUUGUGGCGGCCACGCAGUGCGAGGAAUUCGCGCUUUUUGCUUUCCAUCUUGUCGUUGGAUGACAGUUACCUCGGCUGGGCAACCCUGAAACCUGUCAUUGGUCAUAUCGUUGCUGCUUUAAGCAGGGCAGCAGCCACACCAUUGACCCAGGACGGUCGCUGCUUCAUCGUCACCGAGAUCGGUGGGGAUUGGAAGUAUUUUCGUGAGGCUCUAUCCCUGCGGUCCCAUUGGAAUUCUCCUUUGAUUUGCCACCAUUGCCGAAUGGUGCGGCAAAACAUGGCAGACCUGCCUCUGGCUACUGACCUGGACUUCAGGGACACUCGGGCUUUUUUGGCUGAGGUUUCAAAGCACGAUGCUUCGCCUUUGGUGCUGCUGACGGAUUUUCAUCCUUCCAAAAUCACCUGGUGCUUGCUCCACAACCUCUACUUGGGCUUGCUCUGGACUGCCAAUGGGGGCGCAAUGGCAUGCCUUCUCGACAUGGCUUGGUGGGGGCUGCCGGAUGUCGACAUCAGACUUCGGCUUCAAAAGGCCUGGGCCGACUUUUGCGACUGGAAGUCUGCAAACAAGGUUACAUGUUCGCAGCGGCAGUUUACACCUGGCAUGCUCUACAAAGCGAAGCAUGGUGCAUAUAUGAGUUGCAAGGGAUUCAACAGCCGGGUUCUUGCUUCCUGGCUUGCCUCAGAGGCACAGAAGGCCUGGCAGGGUACUGCAAACCCCAGCGAUGAGCUGUGUCUUAUGACACAUGCACUGCCCCUCGGCUCCACCCUCAUUCAAUUUCACUGGGACCUUCACCCUUUCCGUUUUCUUUUUCUGUGGCUAGACAACAAUGUCUCAUGUGUAGUGGUAUUCUCCUUCUCAUUCGAGGACCUCGAUCGCCUCCUAUAUGGACUUGUCCGAGAGAUUCCGGCGGUUUUUGAAACCUGGCUUCAUGGAUUUCUGCACGGGAAGCCCUAA